UCUUUCCUGUAGCCGAGAACGGAAGCGGAAAUUCGGCCAUCUCCUCGUACAUUCAAGCUACUACAGGAUUUCAUCUCCCUAUGUCUUUGGUUCUGGGACCCAAUGUUGCCACGGAAGAAGCAGACACACAAAGACAUAGCACUCCAUAAAUGAGUGGUGCACAAGAUAGCGACACCGACAGAUACCAAGAGGAGAGAGCCUUAUUCUGCAUCAUUCUUGUGUAACAGAUUGCAACAGAACUUGACUGUCAGACGGUUGCCAUGUCGACCUCUUCGCUACGGCGACAAGUAAAGAACAUCGUUCACAACUAUUCAGAGGCAGAAAUCAAGGUUAGAGAGGCUACGUCAAAUGACCCAUGGGGCCCCAGCAGCUCUCUGAUGUCAGAGAUUGCUGAUCUGACCUACAAUGUUGUGGCCUUCUCUGAAAUCAUGAGCAUGGUGUGGAAGCGCCUCAAUGACCAUGGCAAGAACUGGAGACAUGUGUACAAGGCUAUGACCCUUAUGGAGUACCUAAUUAAAACAGGCUCAGAACGUGUUGCUCAGCAGUGUCGAGAAAAUAUAUACGCAGUCCAGACCCUCAAGGAUUUCCAGUACAUUGACAGGGACGGCAAGGACCAGGGGGUGAAUGUGCGAGAGAAAGCCAAACAGCUGGUGACACUGCUGAAAGAUGAAGAGAGACUACGAGAAGAGAGAAUCCAUGCCCUCAAAACCAAAGAGAAGAUGGCACAGACCUCCAGUGCCUCCUCAGCACCCUCAGCGCCCAGUCUGGGGGGCAGCCUCUCUUUGGGCUCCCAUUCUGGAGGCGCAGACCCUGAGCAGGCCUGGCCACAGAGCUCUGGAGAAGAAGACCUGCAGCUCCAGCUGGCUUUAGCAAUGAGUAAAGAAGAGGCAGAGCAGACUAGCACCGAUCCUUUGGAGGACGCAGAGCUCCGCUAUGCAAUCACACUCAGCAAAGAGAUGCAACAAAAGGAGGAGCGACUGCGCAGAGGUGAUGAUCUGCGACUGCAGAUGGCCAUUGAAGAAAGUAAGAGGGAGAAGGCUAAGCCCGAGGAGGGUGCUCUGAUGGAGCUGAGUGCCGUGGACCCCUGGGGGGGCCCUACUGCUUCCACUGCCUCUGUGGACUCUGCUGGACCCUCCCCUCCACCCACAGUCAAUGCGCCCUCUUCCUCAGGCCCAUGGGGCACAGGCUCUACAACAGACCCAUGGGGAGUUGCAUCUCCCACAUCUCCUACGAGCUCUGACCCAUGGGGAGGGGGAGCCCCGCCCACUAUAGCCCCUCCACCUGACCCCUGGGGAGAGACGUCCAACAGAGUUAACAAUGUCGACCCAUGGGGAAGUUCAGCUGUGACUCCCCCCAGUGCUGACCCCUGGGGCCCCCCAGUGCCACCCAGCACUUCCUCCUCCGGGGGUCCAGUAGACCCUUGGGCAAGGGACGGGCCUGUCCCUGCCUCUGACCCUAUCACCUCUGACAUCUGGAGUGGCACCGCCAAACACACUAACGGCACAGGAGAUCCAGAACGACGAGGGUCCUCAGCAGCUGCCUGUGACAGCACAGGCUCCCCAGUGCCCUUCGACCUUUCGUCUCUGGGUACUUCGCUUCCUGUUCGGAAGACUCCAGAGUCCUUUCUUGGUCCCAAUGCAGCGCUUGUGGAUCUUGAUUCUCUGGUGUCAUCUAAACCCAAACCCAAACAGCCACCGCCUCCUUCCAUCUCCUCCUCUUCAGCACAUAACCCCUUUCUCCCGAACACAGGCUCAUCUCCUGCUCCUGGCAUGGCAGUCACUCCAGGCAGUACCAUUUCCAGUAGGGGGGUUUCUCCAACACCUGCUUCCUCCAACCCUUUUGGUGUGGCCCCACCCAUGACCUCCAUCUCACCUCAGCCCUCAACAAUCGGCCUGAGCGGCCUUCGUACCAGCCCUGUGCCUCCCAAUCCCAUGCUGGGCUUGGUGCAGCCAGGAAUGGGCAUGGGGCCCAUGAGCGUGGCCAUGGGAGCUCCAGGAAUGAGCCUGGGUAUGAUGCAGGCCAGCCCCAUGGGCAUGCCCUACAGUGGGCUCUCACCUAUGGCACCCCCGGGUUCUGCUCUUUUGGGUCCUGGAGGAGUGGCGCCUCCUCAGCUGAUUUUGGGUGGGUCCACUGGAACAGGUGGAGUGAUGGGGGCAGGAGGAUCAGUGGGAGGCGGAGGAACGACGGGAGCAAGCACCAAUCCUUUUCUUCUUUGAGGAAGUGUCACCACUACUUCUUUCACCUGUUUCGACCUCUUCUGUCGUACCUGCUGUCCCCUUCAUUCAUCCCCCUUCAACAUAAUUUGUGUCCAAAAGAAAAUGUCUACAUCUCUAUAUUUAAAGAAAAAUAUUUCAAACAUGUUAUUUUUUUUUCCCAAAAGCAUUACAUUUCUGUUCCAAAUAAUUUCUCACAAUAUGUUCCUUUCAUUUCAAUGAGUUAUUUUUACAUUUCAAAAUGGGUUAUUUUUUCAUUUCAAUAAUGGUUAUUUUUUCAUUUCAAUAUGGGUUAUUUUUCAGCGGGAAAAAAGCUUCUAUUUAUUUUGUUUUAAUCUGUUUCCGUACCGUUUUUUUUUUUUGUUUGUUUUUUUUCAGUCCAGAUGAAGGUAUGGCUGUGAGAGCAGGAGUUUUCAGUAGAUUCACUCUACUAUCCUGUAAAAUUACUGCACUGGGAGAAAGUGAUACAGAGGGAGAGAGGACAUAGCCACUAACAAACUGAACAGAAAAAACUGUUGCACUUACCUCUUCCUCUUUUCUCCCUCUAGAAGGAAAACACUGAAUCGCUUAAGUGUAAUAAGUGCAGAAAGGAUGAUUAUUGAAGGACUGGAAACAUAAACAUUUCAGGCACAACUUGGUCUAACUUUCAACUUCUUCAUUUUUAAUUUAAUUUAAUGUUACGUAUAAUUUAUUUUUUUUCCAGUUUGGGGAACAAAUGAACAAGGAAAAUCAAACACGAUGAUGCCAUUUAAAUCAAAUGCUUAUUUUUUCGUCCUGAUUAUUGUAGAAAAGUAAAGAGCCCUGACAUCUGUGGUCUGAUGGAGAAAAUGACAGGAUGUUUGUUGAAUGUGUGUGAAAAGGUGAGUGAAUGAGAACAUGAAUGGUCAUUUGGUGAGUGUGCAAGUAUGCAAAAGUGCAAACACCUGUUUCUGUGUAUAUGUAUCAAUAUCUGUCUCCAUUUUUCUUGUGUCUGAUCUUAUUUCAGUGACGGAAAGGAAGAAAAAUAGCAUUCAUUAUUUUUUGUUUUUAAAAUUUGUCACUUGUAUUGAUACAUAAUGAUGAGAUUUAUAAUGAGGUAUUAUAAGGGUCACAUGUCUCUGCCAAUCUUAUUUCACUUUUUUUUUUGUUAAUCAGAAGCAUUAGUUUUCAUUUUCAAUCACAUAUUUCAUAUGGGAUCCCUGGUGUACAGGUCUCUUGGAGCACCACUGUCCCUGUUUUUCGUCUCUCUUUCCUUUGGAGAGGGAGAGCUAAAGAUGCUUCUCUAAAAGAAAAAAGACAAUUAUUCAAUGAAAGAAAAAGAAACGGGGACUUGACAUGCUUCAUGCUAUUCUUUUAAUUUAGUUUGAUGAAUUUAUUGUUAUUUUAUAUCAACAAGAAAAUAUCUCUUUUAUUGAGUAAGGUUGAAUUUUGUGUGGUGUUGACUGUGAACAUUCACAUUUGAAAAGUAAAAUGGAAAAAAAAUCAAAAGAAAUUUAUCAAAUAAAAGAAAACACAGGA